UAAGAGGCGCCGUUGCAAAGGCAUUGCCUCGACCCAUAACUACUACUACUAGUAUAGGAAGUGCCGUGUUUGGUGUCGGGAAGUGGUGUUAUGGCUUAUUUUACGCAAAUGACAGGAGGCACAACGAAAUAAUCAGCAUUCGGUAUUUAAAACAUGGCUGGGUCUCGACCUCUUGUUUUUGUCACUGGAAAUGCUAAGAAACUGGAAGAAGUUGUAGCCAUUCUCGGAGAUUCUUUUCCUUUCAGAGUUAUCAGUCAGAAAAUUGAUUUGCCCGAGUACCAGGGUGAAGCUGAUGAAAUUAGUCGUUUAAAGUGUCAAUCAGCAGCAGAACUCAUUAAGGCACCUGUUAUUGUAGAGGAUACAUGCUUGGGUUUUAAAGCACUUGGUGGACUUCCAGGUCCCUACAUAAAAUGGUUCUUAGAAAAGCUUGGUCCUGAUGGCCUUCACAAAAUGCUUGCUGGGUUUGAAGAUAAGUCAGCUGAAGCUGUGUACUUUGCUUAUUCUUCUGGAAAACCUGAGGAUGAGGUUGUUCUAUUUCAUGGGCGCACCCUUGGUACAAUAGUAGAACCUCGAGGAGAACAAGUUGGAUGGGAUCCGUGUUUCCAACCCAAAGGUUACACUCAGACAUAUGGAGAACUAGAAAGGGAUGUUAAAAAUAAAAUAUCUCAUCGUUACAAAGCUUUAAAUGCUCUUCGAGAAUACUUUACAGGGGAAGAGGGAAGAGCCUUGCUAACCAAGGAGCUUGAAAUGGAAACCAAUGUUAAAGAUUAGACUUCAAAAUUGCUUGAAAUAAAAUGUUAAGAAACUGUUA